UUAAGUAUAUGUGAAUUUUUAAUGUACUACAAUUUCAUUUGGAAACAUGAGUUCGCCCUUCUAUUCAUAUUACCGAUGCUUAAUCUUUUCGAUACUUUUCGAGUUACACUUUCGAGUGCAUUCGAUUCUUUUAUCCCAUGUCUUUUUUUAGAAAGGAUUAAUUAAUUAAAGCAAUUAUUAAUUACUUUUAUUACUGGAAUAUGACUGUAAAUCAUUUAUAACGAUAUUGUUGAGUUAUUUAUCAAAUAAACUUAAUAAUAUAAGGCAGAAUAUUAUAUAAUGCGAAAUUGAGAAUUGGUUUCACACAAAGAGAAUAAUAACCUCUUUUGUUGUUAUAAAUAAAUAUAUCAGAAUGAAGCCAGAGAAAAUUAUCGUCGACUGUGAUGCUGGAACUGAUGACGCUUUAUCUUUAAUUUUACUAAUAGAGGCUCACAAAUUAAAUGAAAUUGAAUUAAUGGGCAUUACUUGCGUGAAUGGAAAUACUUCCGUAGAUAAUGUCGUUUCUAAUGUAUUUAGAACUUUAGAAGUUUGCAAUGGAUCUGAAAUUCCCGUUUAUAAGGGAGCGUAUUCAUCGCUUCUUAAUACGGAAAAUGCAAAAAUUGCCGCAAAUAUUCAAUAUCACGGAGCUGAUGGUUUUGGAAAUGUUUUUCAAAACAAACCCGAUAUUAGUAAAUUAAAAUCAGAGCACGCCGUUUGUGCUCUGCAAAGAAUAGUUUCAGAAUAUUCUGGAGAAGUUUCGAUUUUAGCACUUGGACCAUUAACCAAUAUUGCAUUGGCAAUUAAAAUGUAUCCAGAAUUUGCAAAUCAUGUAAAAAGAUUUUAUGUUAUGGGUGGAAAUUACACUGCUUUGGGAAAUACAACACCACAGGCGGAAUUUAAUUUCUUCUCCGAUCCAGAAAGCGCUCACAUUGUUCUUUGUAGCACUAAUAAAUUGUGGCUCUUUCCUUGGGAAACUUGCUUAAAAUCACAAAUUACAUACGAAUGGCGAAAGGAAGUUUUCGGUCAAAUAGACACGCCAGUUGUACAUUUAAUGAAUGCAAUUGAAGAGAAAAUACUAUCGGCGUCGGCGGAAAAAAUUCUACCAUUCUACGUACCUUGUGACGUUUUUCUAACGGCCGUGGUAUUAAAUCCAAAAAUGGCCUCGAAUUUAGUUCCGUAUCACGUUGAUAUUGAAUUAAAUGGAAACAAAACAAGAGGACAAGUCGUUAUUGAUCAUUUCAAUAAUAACGAAUCGAAUGCCUUAAUUAUUCAAGAUUUUGAUAAUGAAAUUUUCAAAGAUUUCUUAUUAUUUGCCGCGAAUCCUUUAGAAUAUAAAAAUCGAAUAUUUCACAAAUGUAGUUGAAAGAAAAACAUUAAAAGGACUUUUUUAAAAAUAAAUAUUAGAAUUUUCAAUUAAUUAUCCUUAAAGACAAUUAUUCGACAAUGAUUCAAAAACAAGAAUUUGCAGAAUAUUUUCCACUUG